UGUCCUUGUCCCACUCACCUGUGUCCCCAGAGGAGGUCAGCGGGCGGCGCUAGGACCAUGCGGGGGACAGACCGUCGGUACAACCAGGGGAGGGAGGUUUCACUACGACUGGAAUUUGAACAAAGUUCUUCUUAAAACAUUCUUACCUGUAGCGGAUAACCUUUUAUUUAUUAAUAGAGCGCUUUUUGAUUUAAAAUCUCAGUUGAACAGGGCGUCGGUUUUUCGCAUCUAUGUCGUCUUCCUCUUUUCUCGUAAGAUCUUCCUGAAAACACCUGCGUGCUUCAGGUAACUCACCAGUGAGGAGUGAAGUUUCUGGGCAGUGAGCGGCGGAAAGCUUGUCCUGCAGGGAUGUGUUCGAGUCGAGGUUUAUGCGGUGACGACAACCGUCCCAACAGAGCCUCCAGCUCAGAGGGCUCCGGCUCAGGGGCCCACUAUGCCCUGUGUGCCCUGGGAGUGGGACUCAUCGCCCUGGGCAUUGUCAUGAUCGUGUGGACCGUGAUACCCAGGGACGGAGAUGACAUCCCCAACUCAGCAGGCAACUCCACCGGUAACCCUACCACCAUUGAUCAGGAAGAAAAGGACAAAGACGCAAAAUCCUCUACAGUGGCUAUGGUGCUGGUUGGAGUUGGUGCCGCCAUGUUGCUUUUAUCCAUUUUCCUUGGCGUGAGGAACAAGCGGAGGCGAGGCAACGCAAGCAGCCAGGCAGUGGCAACAGGAGUCCCCCUCAUGAACCAUGUGCCCGAGCAAGCUGCAGACCCAACUACAUUCAACGUGCCAAGCUACGAGGAGGUUGUUGGCAGCGAUGACUACCCCGUCCGCCACAGCAAUCUUCGCAGCAGCACUUCCCAGCUGCCGUCCUACGAGGACAUCAUAGCUGCUGUGGAAAACGAGGGUAGAGAGACCACUGACAACCCCACUGAAGACGCUCCUCCGAAUGAUGCCGCAACAGCUCUGGCUGGAGCUCCAGCUGACCCCCCCUCUGACCCCCCUGGCCUCACUUCAAACCCCAGCCUGCCCACCCGCAGCGCCAGCCGGGCCAGCCGCCUACUGCGGCCCCUCCGGGUGAGGAGGAUCAAGUCAGAUAAACUGCACCUGAAGGACUUCCGACUUCAAAUCCGCACCCCCACACAAAAUCCAGUGACCAUUGAACCCAUCACCCCGCCACCGCAGUAUGACAACAAGGUGCCAGAAUUAGAGUAGUGUCUCUCGCUCAUUGUUGAAAAAAAAAAUAUCUCUGUGUAAAAUGGAUUGCCAAUAACAUUUAUGAGAACCCAUUUUCAAGGUUGGUAUUAAGUAGGUUAAAUGUGGCUGCAAGCAGCGUGAUAGAGGCCCAGCAGGAGAGACACCCCUGAAAUGAGAACAUUGUCUUUAUUACUGACGCUUGUGAUCUGCAUAUUUAUUCUGUUAUAAAGCUAAAUUAAGUCUGUUAAAGGUUCUGCUGUCAAAGUUGAGAUUUUGUCCUGACAUCAUUUAUGCCAAACAUGCCUUUCAGUUUUAUUUAAUAGCUAUUUGUGUGUUUUAAUGGACAAUAUUGUUAACUCAUAUAAUUGUUUUUCAUCUGACAGAAAAACGAAAUAUUCCGGGUGGGUUGCUCCUGAUUAGUUUUGAGAACUUUAAACCGUAUUGUUGUGAUUCAAAAGGGCUGAAGGGAAAAACAUUUCUGGAAAUUCUGCUAUUAAGUAUCAUACAGUGUGCAACCUUUAUGUGAUUGGUCAUGCACUGAGACCACACAUGCAGAAUGUAUUGUCCAUGUUUGUUAUCGCUUGUUUUUAAGUAUAUUGUCUUAAACAAACUGUUUCAUGAAAAUGAAAAAGCCCUCUGUAUGAUGUCCAGUGUGAACUGUACAAUUCUUAAAACAGUUAUAUUCUACUGUAACACUAACCAGAGAAAAAACAUUGGAUAUUCUGGUACGGCAUGGGUGAUAUCAAUGCAUUGUUUUUCAGGACUUUUUUAGUGUUUAAAUGUUUAAACUAUGCUGUAUGAUGUUUGUAAAAAAAGUGGUGAAUAAAUGUUUUUCUAUUUUAUUCAUGAUCAUGUCAAUAUUUUAUACUUUUUGAUGUUAAAUAUCACUGAAAAAUACUUCUGUACGUUUAAUUGUUUAAACAUUAACUCACUUAUAUGCCAAGAUCAGUAGAAGUAAGUAGGUCUUCUAAAUAUGUGUGCCACUCACUUUUGAUGAUUUUUCAUGCUGCAACUUUGAUAAAGCUGUAUUUAUUUUGAAAGAGAUAAAUAUCUUCCUCGUGCUUUCUGUUAAUAAAAUCUAACUGUAGA